UCAACCGACCGACCGACCACGUGACCAGACUGUCAUGGCGGCGCCCACGGUCCGGUCUCCGGACGCGGGGGGUUUGAUUCUUUAUUUGUACCCCGCGCUGAUCGCCCUUUCAUUGGGACUGAAUCAUGCCCAAGAAAUUACCGACGUUCCACGGCCCCGCUCCGGCUGCGGCUGCGGAUCCGGCUCCACGAGUCGACCCGAGGCCGCCGGUUCUCUCCCCGAGGCUGCGAGCGACAGCAUCUCCUUGGCCAAACAGGCAGCUGUCAAAUACUCCAGGGAGGCCAAUGUUGAAGCUCAAAAGAUUGCACAGGACCACAGGUCACACUCAAAACCACGCACUAAUCAGAUGGUGCUGAUACCAGGUGGAGUGUUCACCAUGGGAACUAAUGACCCUGUGAUACCUCAGGAUGGAGAGGGCCCAGCCAGAAAAGCACACAUUAAGCAGUUCUAUAUGGAUGUAUACGAAGUCACCAAUGCUGAAUUUGAGAGAUUUAUCAAAUCUACUGACUACAUCACAGAGGCAGAAACAUUUGGAGACUCCUUUGUGUUUGAGGGACUACUGAGCGACAAGGUGAAGAGCAGCAUUUCCCAGGCUGUUGCAGCAGCACCGUGGUGGCUUCCUGUUAAAGAAGCCAGCUGGAAACAUCCUGAAGGUCCCGACUCCAACAUUACGAAGAGGAUGGAUCACCCUGUUGUGCACAUCUCCUGGCACAAUGCAGUGGCUUAUUGCGCUUGGGCAGAUAAACGGCUGCCCACUGAAACAGAAUGGGAAUAUGCCUGCAGAGGUGGACUUGAGAACAGACUCUUCCCGUGGGGCAACAAGUUGCAUCCUAAAGACCAGCACUACAUGAACAUCUGGCAGGGAGAUUUCCCUCACCACAACACUGAAGAUGAUGGGUAUGCCAACACUGCCCCUGUCACCAGCUUUCCUCCCAAUGGAUAUGGUCUCUUCAAUAUGGCAGGAAAUGUCUGGGAGUGGACAUUGGACUGGUGGACUAUACACCACACCGCUGAUGAAGUAGAGAAUCCUACGGGACCGGCCUCAGGGAAAGACAAGGUGAAGAAGGGCGGAUCCUACAUGUGUCACGAGUCCUAUUGCUACAGAUAUCGUUGUGCUGCUCGAAGUCAGAACACUCCAGACAGCUCUGCAUCCAACUUGGGUUUCCGCUGUGCUGCCGACCAAUUGCCCGACUACCUGAAGUGAUUUCGUUCCGGAGAACUAUCAGGAAUCCAAAGAUCAAACAUAAAUAAUAAUUGAAAAUGUACAAAAUACAUGUUGAAUGGAUCUGCCUUUAAAGAAGCCAGCAGCCAAAACUUACUGAAUGAUCCAUUGAUCCCAGCCACUGAUCUUUCUGAUUAGAUAUUUUACAUUUAAAAAGUACAGUGCCAAUAACAUUAGUCACCAGCUUCACUCACUCUGGAACUCUCUCAAGUAGGAUUCUGCCUUUAUUAAUGAUGCAAGAAAAUAAAUCAACUGGCUCAGAAACAUGAUCACACAUCCCAAUAUGGAAUAGCACAGUAAAUUAAUUUCGAACCAUUUUUGGCCCAAACCUUUAUAAUGUUGAUAGAGGGAAAGAUGUCUGCUCUUCAUUUCACCCUGAGAUCAAAUAUUCCGGUGGAGAUCUCUUGGCAAUCUGAUGAAGGGUCUCAACCCGAAAAGUCACCUAUUCCUUUUCUCCAGAGAAGCUGCCUGGUCCGCUGAGUUACUCCAGCAUCUUGUGUCUAUUUUUGAUCGUCUUGAUUAUUUUACAACUGGUAAAUCGAAACAACACAAGAUUAGAUCUCAGGUACUGCCUUAGCGUGUUUCAAAGCUUCUCCCAGCCCAAGAAUAAUUUUUAACUGCAGUCACUUAUAAUGCAGGAAAAAUGCCGCAGAAAAAUCACACAAAUGGCAGUUUAUUGAAGAAUAGAUGUAAGCUGAAAUUUGCAGCUACUCUCAAGAUGAGAUCUUUCACUUCCACCCAGGUUGGUUCAGUGUCUCAUCUCAAAGCUGGCACCGAUUAUACACGGCUGAAUUAUAUACACGCUAGAUUAUGCGUGGAUGGUGAAGCACAUUUUCUUUGAUGAAGAGGUGAGAGUCCUAGCACCGAACCUGUGGUGAUCAUUGUCAAGGUGCUCUGGAGCUGUAGGUUCCUAUCCCCAGUGUUGCUCACCAGCCUCAGGCGACUAGGGUGAAUGUACAGCAAGAACCAUGUCCUCAGAGGGAUCAUAGGGCAGAGCUUUAACAUUAAACGAGUAGUAACCAAUAAAGAUAUUUGCUUGCCUUAUAAAACAAAGGGUGAUGAGUACCUCUCUUAUAGUUUCACAAGUGAUACAAUAAUUUCAAGAUAAGCAGGAAUACUUCCUAGUUACUAUCUUCAAUAUUUUUUAUGGAAGGCUUUAUUAUCAAAUAAGUAAUGAUGUACUAUCAGAAAUUGAGUUUCAGUGACCAAAGCUAUGUAUUUUUAAUACUACAGGGAAGAAUCCCUAAUUUGGCCAUAUACUGGCUAUUGUUGACAUUUAAUUUAUAUUUAAACUAUUGUCAAGUGUGUGUUGAAACUAUGUGCUUUUAUCCAUGAGAAACUGGGUUUCACAAUAACAUUAAAGACUGAAUCAUUCAUUUUACAA